CUUUACAGUUUCAAGUUCUACGAUUCUGAGUUCUGAGGUUUACGAUUCUGAGUUUUGAGUUUUACGGUAUUGUGUUUUGAGUUUUACGGUUUUGUGAUUUACGUUUUACGGUUUUGUGUUUUACGUUUUACGUUUUAGUGGUCUGAGUUUUAAGUUUUAAGGUUUACGGGGGUGAGGUAUUUGGUACGCCAUAUUUCAGGACACUCUACAACGAAGGUAGGUAGCAAAAUAUCUGAGGAUUCUGAGCCCUGCCCAUGGGCCAAGACGACUUAUUCAGUUAUCCUGCCUAAUGAUUCGGACUGGAAGAUUUCUGCUUGAGAAUACCGAAGAAGGCAAACGAUACGGCAAAAAAACAGGAAAGACACGUACAACGAAGUGUCUGCAGUUGUACACCAGCGAAGCGGCACAGAAAUCCAACAUGGGAACGCGGCUUCUAUCAUGAGAACAACACCGAUUUCAGCUAUUUGUUUUUCAGAAUUACGUUCUCGGAUGUGAUUCGGCCGCCUACUCUAAACAUUUUAGCUGUAGCUCAAUGCUGUGUGAAUCACUGGGAUCAAUGAUGAGGCAAAGCGACUUCUGCUAUGGUCACCAAAUUGUUUGAUUGUGGUGAUCUACGUAAUAUACAACCUGAAGAUGUAUCCGCAUUCUGCAAUCCACAUAUGCGCCUCACAAUAAAACGAUCGGCUUUGUCCGCAGCUAUUAUGGCUUGGCACUUCGUGCUCGCGGUCCGCUACAAUUCUCAGGAGCAUGAUGUGACUUUUUGAUCUGUGGAGCUGCAGUACGAUACUUGUAGAAGCAUUAGUGGCACUCGUGAAGACACGUGCGGUUUGGAUAGACCGUUGUCCAGCGUGAAGUCGAAGACAUGGCCUCUGGUGCAACAGAAUCUGGCCAGCACAGCUCCGCUAACAAUAAGCAUGCCAAAAAACGCUUCGUCGGUUAUCCCAUUUUCCUCGAUAUCAAAGAUAAAAUCCUGCUCAAGCAUGGUCCAGAAGUGGAGCAUCCGACCAGGAUGGAGCAAAUGCUUAAAGCUAUCCAGUGUCCACCUCAUGGACGCGUUGCAUACAACAUCACCAAAAUUGCCGCUGUCGUUUUCACCUGGUUAACUGUCAUUACACUCCUGAAAAAGCAAGCGUUACCCGGAAGCAACUUUUGGGGAUUAUGCAUCGUUAUAAUGGGCGCAAUGGUAGGAGGGGAAAUCGUUAAAAAAUUGCGACUUCCAGAAUUACUAGGAAUGUUAGUAGCUGGAUUUAUGCUGCAAAAUAUUCCUGGAAUUAGCGUAGCGGCCCAGAUAUCUCCUGGCUGGUCAUCCGCUCUUCGUAGCAUUGCGCUAGUCAUGAUUCUAAUUCGAGCCGGACUGGGAAUGGAUGUGAUUGUGCUGCGUCGAUUAAGCCGCAGCAUUGCUAUGCUGGCCUUCCUUCCGGCUACUAUUGAAUCCAUCGUUGGAGCGGUUGCCAUUCGUUAUUUAUUGGGAUUCGAGUGGUUAUGGAGUUUUGUGCUGGGCUUCCUUUUAUGUGGCGUCUCGCCGGCUGUGCUGGUGCCUAAUAUGAUUCUUCUGCAUGAAAUCGGCCUCGGCGUCGAAAAAGGUUUGCCCAUUUUACUCAUGGCUGCCGCAUCCAUCGAGAACGUAUACGUCAUUGUUGUGAUGAGUGUUCUUAUCAGUGCUGGAUUUUCUGCAGAAGGAAUAGGCAUGCAGAUUGCUUUGGCACCCAUACAAAUCGCAAUCGGGCUGACCUAUGGGAUGCUUUUCGGAGUUUUGUUCUGGUAUUUCCCACACGAAGCUCACCCAAGGAAGGCAGAUUACAGAUUCAUAAUCUUACUGACCGCUGGAAUAACAGCUGUUUUCGGUGGAAACGCUUUCGGCUACGCUGGCGCAGGACCUUUAGCGUGUCUUGUGAUGGCUUUCAUGGCUGGUAUUCACUGGGGAAAAGCUGAUCCUGUUUCAUUAAAAAUCGUUUCCGGAAAAUUUGGGAUAUUGUGGAGAUAUUUCCAACCGGUUCUUUUCGGAUUGAUUGGAGCCGCUGUUUCCAUAUCCAAAAUACAAGCUGAUACGAUCGGAUUAAGUAUUGCGGUAAUUUGCAUUGGAUCUACGGUGCGUUUCCUCGUUACGCUGUUCACCGUAUCGUUCGCUGGGUUUAAUUGGAAGGAACGUUUAUUCGCGGCAAUCGCAUGGAUUCCAAAAGCGACAGUCCAAGCGGCUCUGGGCUCAAGUGUGUAUGAUUACACAGUUUUCGCAUUGGCAACUAUUGCAGCUGGAUCCGGACACGGUGGGACUGCUGCAGUUGACAGCACGUACAUGCUCUCCGUUCAGAAAACUGGAAUUCAGAUUCUGACUACUGCGGUUCUCUGCAUCGUUAUAACGGCGCCGAUUGGAGCGCUGGGAAUAACUCUGACACAAAAUCGACUUUUAGAACGGGCUUCUGCACCAGUAACCGCCAACUCCAUCGAAAGGGAGCUGGAAAGCCAGUUUACUGCAGAACUUCCGAGACAGGAAAGCCGGGUGACAUUAAAAUUUGGCCGGGUCGAUGCAACCACGCAGACUUUGUCUGAAACCGCUACGGAUGCAAAAACAGAAUAGCCACUGGCCCACUGUUGUGAAGUUGACCUUUGCUGAUCAUAAUUUUGCUCACGUUUCCAUAAUUACAUGUAUAUUUUAGGCAUCAAAUUCUCUUUCUCUGAAAUAAAUUUGGUAUCAGAUGAAGCUAGUACUAUUUUUGUGCGUACAAAAUCUUCGUUGCAAUGGGUACGUUAAUGCUCAAGAAUAUACUGUACGUAAAUGUUAGUUUUCAUGAAUCUCUGAUGUCCUUCGAACGCAGACACUGCGCUCUGCCAUGAUGAUAACUUCAAGUGGCAAGUAGGCAGCAAUGCAGUCCAGCGUUCAGUAUUAUCAACCUAAUGUGAGAUCUACCUAGACCUUAAUUUUUCGGGGAUAGCUAUUAAUACUUUAUUUUCCCCAUGAUGUGUUUUCAUAAAGUGAUUAACGAUAAAAUUAAAUAGGCAAAAUGUAAACUGGUUGCUACUGCAGGCGCUCUUUUCACUUACGUUUAUUAUAAGUACCUCCACCCCAUUCAUUAUAAUUAUUAUACAGUACUACCCACCCCG